AUGUCAGUAACAUUACAUACCAAUUUAGGAGAUAUCAAAGUUGAAAUAUUCUGUGAUUCUGUUCCAUUGGCAUCAGAGAACUUUCUAGCACUUUGUGCAUCAAACUAUUACGAUGGUACCAUCUUUCAUAGAAAUAUAAAAGCAUUUAUGAUACAAGGUGGUGAUCCUACCAAUACUGGAAGAGGAGGACAAUCGAUUUGGAAGAAACCAUUUAAAGAUGAAUUUGUUUCACAUCUCAAACACAAUGGUCGUGGUAUCUUGUCAAUGGCAAACAGUGGCCCAGAUACAAAUAACUCUCAAUUCUUCUUUACAUAUGCAAAACAAAGACAUUUAAAUAAGGUUUAUACUGUAUUUGGAAAAGUAAUAGAUGGAAUGGAAGUAUUGGAUUUAAUGGAACGUGUACCGGUCGACGCAAAUGAUACACCAAUCAAUGAUAUUAUAUUAAAGAAUGUUACCAUUCAUGCCAAUCCACUUGCGCAAUAA